AUGGGUUCCGGAUGCCGACCGCCACAUCUUCCAGCGCCGAGCUAUCCCGCCAUCCAGCGCCGCGCCGCUCGAAAUAUUCAAUCGAGCGCCUGUUCCACCAACUCCCCCGUCAACUGCACGCCCAAACCGGCGCUGAAUCCAGGCCCCGUCGCCUGCUAUCCCAUGACGGACCGCACGGGUUUCGGCCGCCGGCCACGCCGACUCAACAUCUUCAGACCCUAUCCCCACCUCCACCAACUCCCAUGCUCCCUCUUCGCCUGGCCGGUGUCAGCGCUCGACGGAGAAGCUACUGACGUGGUGGAGGAUUUCAAGCGCAUCUCAGGCAUUGUGGAGGAGAAGGCCAAAAGGGUCUUCGAGAGGCUCAAAGCCGCGCCUCUGGCAAGGCAGCUAGCUUUGGCAGCGAGGCAAGUUGAGGAAGAAGUCACCGUCUCCGCUGAGUCAGAUGGCUUCUACCUGCUAGACGCUGCCAGCCCGCAAACCAUUGCCGUCGACCACCUCGCCCACCAAUACUCCGCCGCUGCCCGGGGCAGCCGCCCCGGCACCCCACCAGAACCCUUCCGCAGCAGCCAGCAGCACCUCGCCCGCGACGAACUGCCGCAGCAGCGUCACGACGCCCAGACCGCGCCCUCCCCAGCACCACCGCGCCACACAGCGCCCGCCCGGACCACCCGAGCAGCAGCGCGCCUCCAGGGCCGCCCCCCGCCGGCAACAAGCAACCGCCGCCGCGCCCACCGCCCGUCGCACCACCUCCUGGCUCCCCGCUCGCCGGACAACCAACCAAGGCCCAGAUCGGGCCCGGGUCGGCCCGCCCGCCGCCACCUGCUGCCGCGCCACGGCCACGCCGCCGCGGCCCGCAGCGCCCAGCCGCACCACCCGCCGCCGCAGCAGACGGGGACCCAGGGCCGCCGCCCUGGCUUCCUUCCUCCCAGCCGGCGACACCCCACACGGGCCGGCCACCCCGACGAAGAUCUCGGACCCACCUCACCCCCUUUGAAGAUGAGGCCCGCCGCCACCGCGGCAAGGGCCGGCGGCAGCGGCGGCAGGGGGCGGCGAAGGCCGGCUGCUGGCGGCGCGGCGAGGGUGGGCUCCCGGCGUCGCGUGGGGUGCGACGUGAGGAGCAGCGCGCAGAAGUUUAUGACCCAGAACAAAAUAAAUGGAUGCUCCGGCCUCUUGCGUAUGCUGCCAAUGUCGUCGUCUGGGUAUGCUAAACAUCAUCUGCGUAAAAAGAUCAACAAAGAAGUUACUCUUUAA